AUGGAUCCUAUACCACAUCACAAUGAUCCCAGGUACAGCAGCUCUGCGAUUUUGCAUCGUCCAAACUACGAAAGCUUAUUCUACAUUUAUGUGUAUUUCUUUACUUGUUGCCGUUCAAAUAGAAAUUUCCCUUCUGUAUUUAACUUCUCCUUUUCUCUCCUCUCUGCUAUUUUCUUUUUUUCUCUUCUCUUCCAGUUUCCCCAUCAUAUUCUCUUCUUUACCCUUUAUUUACCUCUUUUACCUUUAUUACCUCCCUUGAUUCUCUUUUCUUUUUGUCUCUUCUUUUCUCUUUUAUUUUAUUCUCUUCAAUUCCAUUUUCUAUUUUUCUUUUUUCUUCUCGACUCCCUUUUCUUUUUCCAUUCCACUUUCUUCCGUUCUUUUCUCUUCUAUUUUCUCAUUUUUCUUCUUUGCCUUUUCUUUAUUUUACUCUCAUCUCUUUCCUACCUUUUCUUUUCUUUUUCUCUAUUCCCUAUUCUUUUUUCUUCUAGAUCCCCUUUGAUUCUUAUUUCUAUUUUUGUUUUAUCUUCUUUUUUUAUUCACCGUCUCUUUCAUUCUUCUCUUCCUGUUUUUCUUCUCUCUUUUUUUCGUUAUCCUAUUAUGAUUCCCUAUUUUUUCCUCUUCUCCUCUCUUAGCUUUUCACUUUCCCACUCAUCGAAUCUCUCUCAUUUUAUCAUUUCUCCUCUCCUUCAUCACGUCUUUUCUCUUUUUUUUCUCUUUUCCUUUUUUUUCUCCUCCUCUCUUUAUCAUCAUCUCGCUUCUCCUUAUCAAACUUGCCUCUUCUUCUACUAG